GCCUGAAUGGUCAGUAGGAAAGACCUAGCGACCGAAGUAACAUGUCUGUCAAAGUUUUCGCCCUUCUGUUCUCGCUGUUCCUCGUGCAGUGCGUAGUAACGGCUGCGCCACAUUCACAAUUUGCCGACUGUGUGCCAGGCACAACUUUUUUUAAUGGAUGCGCUACGUGCACAUGUCAGAAAAAUGGAGCACUCAGUUGUCCGCUGGUGGCCUGUCAAAAGUACGCCAAUUAUGAUUCCAGCAUGGAUUACGAAGACUAAUAUAUCGAAUUCAAUCGACAAUUGAUGGAACGAAAAUAGGCAAGGAAUCUGUCAUGUGGAAUUCUUAUAGAAAUCACUUAUUUUAUAAUUAUAAUAUAUUGUAUGAAAGAAAUUAUUUUGAAGAAUGUACUGUGAAACGUUGUACGAAAAAUUGUUCAUGUAGAAUUCUCAUAGAAAGUUAUUUUAUAACUGUAAUGUGUUGUCAUAAAUAAACUGAA